AUGUAUAUCGACCUUGAUAAUUUUGAGCAAAACAAAUAAACAAUAAUGGAGCAAAUAAAAUUAUGUGACUUUCUAGGUUUUGAUCUUGAGUUAACUGGAAUAAAAGGAGAUUAUUAAGAUACAUUUGAAGAAUUACCAUUUGAAAGAUAUUUAAAGGUAUUUUUAAUGACAUAUAGACACGAAAAGUAAGUAUGAAAUAUAAUAUAAUUCAAUUUGGAUUGUGCAUCUUCAUCAAAAAAUAAAAAGGGUAUGUCGCAUUUCCUUAUACAUUCUUUUUGUUUCCUUAAGAGUAGAAAAUAUUCUAAUUAUUAGUUUAGAUGACUUCGUGGGUUUAUAAGUAGGAGCCAUAUUUUUUAAUAGUGAGCAUGGUAUGGAUUGGAAUAGAUGGAUUAAUAAAGGAAUAGGCUAUUAAAAUAGGGCACAAUAUUAGAAGCUUCAAGAUGAUUAUAACAAAGAUUUCCAAUAAUUAGAUUAAGAGGAAUUGAAGAAUCAAUUUGAAAAAAUCUUAGAUGAUGUUAAACCAAUAGAUAAAAAAACAGUAAGAUAUAUAAUUAAUGAUAUAGAUUCGAGAGUUAAUAGACAGAUUAGAAAAAUUCAAUAAAUCAGAUGAGAAAUAGAUAACAAUAGAAACAGCAAAUGGAUAUUAAAGGAAAGUUAUAUAUACUUACUUAGAAGCAUAUUAAAAAAAUAUGAUAGGAGAAUCUUUAUUGAAAGGAGAAAUGAAAAUAACAAAAUUAACAAAUGCUGAAAAGUAGGCAAAAGAUGAAGAAAAAUAUUUAUUAAAAACAAAUAGAUUUUAAACAAAAACAGGAUUUUAUUAAAUAUGGGAAUGUAUUUUGAAUUCAAAAAAGUAUAUGGUAGGACAUAAUUGUUUUGCAGAUAUUAUGUUUUGUUAUAGUCAUUUUAUUUAAUGUCCUCCAAUAUCUUGGGAAUAAUUUAAGGAAGAUAUUGUUAAAAAUUGGCCAACAAUAUAUGAUACAAAAUAUAUUAUUUAAUCAGCAUAACCAUUAGAAAAAAUUAGAAGUAAAUUUGAGACAUCUACUUCGGUUGAAAAUUUAGCUGAAUUCAUAAAAAAUAAUAUGAAUUAUAUUUAAAUAGAUGUUGAUAUAGAUAAAGAUUCUUAUCAUACUGCAGGUUUUGAUGCCUAUAUGACUGGAUUUAUAUUUAUAAAUUUGACAAAAGACUUUACAUAAUAAGAUUUAUAAAAUCAAAAAAAUAAAUUAAAUUAAUUUAAAAGCAAUUACAAUAUUAAUUUGAACACUGUUGAAGAUAUUAAAGUAACUUAAAAAUUUAUUAUUUAUAUUAAAUUUCCAGAAGAAGAUAGAAAUAAUUAAUAAAUCUAAAGGAAUUAAAGAUUAUAAUUUUAAAAGUAAGCUUUUGAUAAUAUUAUUAAUGCUUUAAAAUAAUAGCAAUAUGAAUUAUCAGCUUUUAGGAUAAUCCAUUAUAAAUAUAUUUACAUUGAAUUUAAUUAGGAUUAUGAUCUGAUAUAGAUAUAAAAUACAUUAUAGUAAGUUGGAGAAUUUUAGCAAUGUUAACUUUUUAAUGAAAAAUAAUAUGAAAAGGAAAGAAGAGAAUUUAAGGAAAAAGAAGCAAAGUUAGAAAGAUUUGAUAGAAGAUAAUGA